UUCCAGGGUUGACUGACUUUACGCAUGUUCUCGCAAGUGUCGUCACCGUCAUCGACGUACGUGCGGGUCCAUUUCGGACGGACUUUGGAUUUGGAGAUAAACACACCGAAUCAGCUGCCCAAAGCCCGUGGAGUGGUGUGAUUAGCAGCUCGUCAAGUACCGUGCAGCCCGCAGUCCCCGAGAAGUCGUCCGAAGCGAAGGAAAGCCCGCGCCGAUUGCCCGCCUGGCUCGACUGUCACCGGAAGCCCGUUUCGAUGAUCUUACGGCUGUACGCCACGCUGAUCUUCUGCUGGGAUGUGCUGAUCAUCUUGGUGCAGUUCUUUCUCACCUUGCUGCAGUCGCUGUUCCACCAGAUCCGGGCACCGAAGGCCAAAUGUCUCACCGGGGAAGUGGCAGCCGUUGUCGGUAGCGGUCGGGGUGUCGGAUACGAUCUGGCCCUACAGCUGGCGGCGUUAGGCGUGAAGGUGGCCUGCAUCGACGUGAACGCAACGGACAACGAGCUGUUGGUGAAGAAAAUACAGUCGUCGGGCGGUGUGGCCAGCGCGUUCGAAUGUGACGUUACGAGCAAGGUGGAGGUCGGCCGUACGGUGGCUGCGAUCGAGGGCAGCCUCGGCCCGAUCAGCAUGCUAUUUCACAGCUGCAACGUGCCGAGCGCACGUAGCCUUGUCACCGAAGCGCCACCGAUCGAAACCACACUGAAUGUUGGCGUAGUGUCACACUUUUUGCUGCUGGAAGCGAUACUUCCCAAAAUGAAAAAAAUGGCCCACGGACACAUCGUCUUCCUGACCUCGGUGGCCGGCGUCAGUGGGCUGAAGCACCAGAUGCCACUGGCCGUGUCCCAGUUCGCCGUCCAGGGUCUGUACGAGUCCACGCUGGAGGAGCUGCGCAUCGAAAAGCGGCAGCACACGAUCCACACAACGCUCGUCCACAUCUACCCGUUCAUCAUCACCGACCACUGUCUGAACGACAUUCGGCUGCGCAUUUCGUCCGCGUUCGGGCGCAUCCGGUCGGACGAGGCCGCCCAGCGUAUUAUAGCGGGCGUGCGGCGCAACGAGCUGGAGAUUAGUAUACCGAAAUAUUUGCUCUUCGUUAGCCAUCUGCUGCGGCUGCUGCCCCGCCGGGCGUCGCUGCUGUUGCGCGAACUGAUCGAUACAGGGGUGGAUUUGUGAGUGGGGGGGGGGGGGGUACGAACGAACCGAAAGGGAGGGACGAGGACAGUGCGCCAGAACACCAAAUCAGUGUCGACGAUCGUGACGAUCGGUUCGACGCAAUCGAGAGAAAGAGAGAUAGGAUUAAUGUUGUUGUUUUCUUUUUGCUAUUACGUUUUAUAAUCGUUUAGUUGUUUAUUUUUUCCUUUCGAAAGAUACUCCAACAAGUACACGAUGUGAGUCUGUGUGUGUGCACACGAUGUUGUAAAAUGCAAAACACCAAAAGAUAAUACAUUCGAACGUGUAAAACAA